AUGACCCUUAAGCCUCUUUCGGACAGCGAUUUUAGCCGUCUUUUUGAUGAACUUAAAGCAGAAACGACCGAUAAUGAAAGCAAACUUACAAAGUUGUACUAUUCAAAGGGCAAUUUCAGCGGCCAGCAGGCCGCUACACUUUUAAGCACCUUCAAAACUGCUCCAGAAAAAAUUAGAGCCCUACGAAUACUAAAACGUAGGCUGUGCCGAAUGAGUUGCUCAGAUGGAAAGGAUAUCCUCGAUAAAAUUCAACUUACACAAAGAGACAAACUCUAUGCUCUCGACUGCAUCAAACAUACCCUCUAUGAUCACCAAACCAUGGAGGGGACAGAAUACAUACUUUCCACUUUCAUAAAUGAGGAUGACAAACUUCGGGCCCUCAGUCAGUUAACCUCAAUUUCAUCGUAUGCAAACGGUACUGUGGCUGCCGGUGGACACUUCGUGUCUGGUGGUAAUGGUUCCAUCUACAGUUCUGGCAUCCCAUUGAGUGAACAUGCCUACGGUCCUGUGAAGUUGCAGCUUCGAGAUAAAUACGGCAAAGUGGAACGACUAAAUUUCGCAGAUACCAUUAAAGACAAGCCCAAUUCAAUGUAUACCUGCCAUCCGUCGUAUUCCUACGGACACAACAUGGAUCCGUCGUACUACAAACACGGCGGUCGACCACCCCUGCCGCCCAAACCGAUUGACAGCGCAGUGACAGGGCCAGCGCACAGCCUCCACACAAAGUACCUGCCCCGCCACGAGGUGGACGGUGUUGUCUGUCACAGCCGCGGCGACCCCUGCCUUGGGGCUGAACAAAGCGGUGUCACGCCGAUCGGGUUUAUUGAUCACAAGAAGAAGGAGGACACCAACUGCUGCUAG